GCUGGACCCGGCGGCUUCCGUUCCUGCCGGAAAGUCUUCCCCGGCGACCCGGAGCCGCGUCUUCAGUUCCGCCCGCGGAGCGCAGCCAGGCCGGGGAUGGUGCUGAACCGCUUCGGCCGGCUGGAAACGGAGCGGGCGACGGCGGUGCUGCGGAGGCUUCUUCGGGCCGGGGGCUGGGCCAGGUCCAGGGCGAUGAGGAACUGGGGGGUCAUCGGUGGGGUGGCCGCCGUCCUGGCCGCCGGACUCUACGUCCUCUGGGGCCCCAUGGCGGAGAGGAGGCGGCGCAGGAAAGGGCUGGUGCCUGGGCUGCUCAAUCUGGGCAACACGUGCUUCAUGAACUCCCUUCUCCAAGGGCUGUCGGCCUGUCCGUCUCUCAUUCAGUGGCUGGAAGGAUUCGCAGGCCAGGACUCGCAGGCUGGCCAAAGCAAGAAGGCCGGGCAGCGGUCCCUCUCGCUGACCUUGCUUCGCUUGCUGAAAGCUUUAUCCUGCCAAGUGGCAACGGAGGACGACCUCCUGGAUGCAAGCUGCUUGUUGGCAGUUUUAAGGCUGUACCGCUGGCAGAUCUCUUCUUUUGAAGAACAGGAUGCUCACGAACUGUUCCAUGUUCUUACUUCUUCACUGGAAGAAGAGCGAGACGGCCAGAGCCAGAUUCCACAUUUAUUUGACGUGCAUUCACUGGAGGAACAGGAAAUACCUCAAGAACAAAUAUGCUGCCGUACAAAAGGUCCGCUUUAUCCUGUGCCGAAUCGCUGGAAAAGGCAGCAUCCUUUCCAUGGGAGACUGACCAGUCACAUGGUUUGCAAGCGCUGCAAGCAACAGAGUCCCCUCAGAUACGAUACCUUUGACAGCCUUUCCUUGAGCAUCCCGGCCACCGUGUGGGGCCAUCCCUUGACGCUGGACCACUGUCUUCGCCACUUCAUCUCCUCCGAGUCGGUCAAGGGUGUCGUGUGUGACAACUGUACCAAAAUUCAGGCUGAAGGGACGAAGGGCCUCAUAAUUACGGAGCACCACAGAACGACUUUUGUUAAGCAGCUGAAGUUAGGAAAGCUCCCUCAGUGUCUCUGCAUCCACCUGCAGCGGUUGAGUUGGUCCAGCCAGGGCCUGCCCUUGAAGCGGAACGAGCACGUGCAGUUCAGCGAGUUCCUCAUCAUGGACCUGUACAAGCAGCACUUCCCCACCCAUAAGCCCAGCCCCAGGGAGGGUCUGCGGGCAGAGCCAAAGCCCGGGCAAGGCGGGGAACAAGCAGGGAACAGCAAACCCGUUCUCAGCAAUGGCACUUGCUGCACUCCGUGGCUGCCUCCCUCCAUCGGCUUCCCUUACAUGGCUGUUCCCGGCUGUGGUUCCCCCAUCUACGUGUACCGCUUAAUGGCCGUUGUGGUCCACCAUGGGGACAUGCACUCAGGGCACUUUGUGACCUUCCGCCGUUCUCCAUCGUCUUCCCGGACUCCGCCGUCUGCCGGCAGCCAGUGGCUCUGGGUUUCUGAUGACGUGGUGCGCAAGAGCAGCUUGCAAGAGGUCCUGGCUUCCAGCGCCUACUUGCUCUUUUACGAGCGCAUCUGCUCCAGGCUGCAGCCUCCCAGCCGAGAACUCCAAGCCAAGGAAUGACAGAGGAGAGCAGGCCGUGCACGGAGUAGUCGCUGCUCUUCUCUGGGGCAGGAACACACCGUGGGGUUUUCGCCGUGGACACCCCAGGAUGCAGGGGGUGCCUCUCGACAGGAGCCGGCCCAAAGAUGCUCCUGUGAUUUUCAUCUGUACGAGAAAAACCUUCAUGUGGUCCGCAAUACUUUCCGUUCCAGGAAUUUCAAGUAGAGACCUCUUAGGAUCUUCUCCCUUGUGACGUUCACCUCCGCUUCCUUUGUGGUGAUUGAUUUACUGCCAGUCUUUUCACAACAUUUCACGUCCGCAGCAGAUUCAGACAGACAACAACCUACCACGUCCGGAGGGAAAGGUGGGAAGUCUUUUUAAGUGCCUUGACCGUAUGUUCACUAGCGACAGGAGGGCCACUGAGAUGUGGCUGGUGGUCUGGGAUUCCAGUGGGGCCGAGGAAGGCCUGCCUUUCUGAUCCGGGCCUGAAGCUGCUUCCCGGAACGCAAGGUGGUAUCUUUGUACUGAUGAGUCUGUUGUAAUUACAUCAGAUUUCUUGCCAGGCUCUCCUUCAGCAAAAUGAGGAGCCCUCUUUCCUAUACCUUGCUAACUCUGCCACCAGAAUUUGCCGAUUUAAAAUAUUUUGUACAUGAUAAAAUUGCUGCUAAGAUUCCAAAUGUA